ACAUAUUUACAUACAACCUAAUUGAAAAUUUUACCCUAUUGGCUACCGUUCUCAUCCCCCUCUACGCUCGUCGGCCUCCGAUUGCCCUCUCCGCCCUCCGUCACUUGCCCGGCUGCCGUGACUCCGUGACUCGCCGCGUAAACCGUCUGCGAUCUGCGAUCCCGUCUCUCUGCUGUGAACCGCUAGCUAUCCUUCGUGCCAGGGUUGGGUUAAGCUCUCUCAUAUAUACAAUUUCCAGUGUAAAUCAAUGAAGUUCCUGGAUUGGUAUGUAAAGAUUGCAGUUGUAUCAGCUGCAAUUGGAGGAUCCAUGGAGUAUUUCAUGAUUAAAACCGGUUUCUAUGACAAAGUGACAGUUCUUGAGUCGGAAAAGAAGGCUUGGGAGAAUUCACCCGAAGCUCAAGCUAUGCGAGAAGCUCUCAAUCCUUGGAGAAACAUCGAUGCAAAUGCAAAAAAAUCUUCCUAGGUUUUUUUUUUCUUUACGAGGGCAUUUAGGUCAUUUCCGCACACAAGAGAUUGAAUGUGGGUCCCUAUUCCACCUUUUUUGGUGGGACAAAAAUAUAAGAGUUUUUGUCCAUGGUUAUUAGUCCAAUGUAACUCAAACACAGUAAAACCUGUUUUGUUUUGUUAUGUUCUGUAUAACCAACAAUGAAAUUGGCUUUAUGUAUUAUUAUGUUCUUUAUGUGAUUCA